UGUAUUUUAAUCUAGAGACGGUCAAAGAUCACCAGCGGUCAAAACUCACUAUAGAAGGGAAAGAGGAGCAGGGGAAAGAGGAGAAAACUGUUAGAAAUCCUUCGGUCCAGGGUGUGAAUUUUGAAGCCUGGAAUCCCAAUAGAGAAAACUUUGAAGGCAGACAGCAAGGCAUGACCAGGAGGUCAGAGGGCGAGGACGAGACGCAAGGAAAGCUGAAGAAAAUCCAGAAACUGGUUGGAGUGAAAAAGGGGGGUCAAAGUGUCACGGAGGAGUCAAGGAACAACACAGAGCCUGGUGGUCAUUUGACAGAAUCCAAUGGCAAAGACCACAGUCCUGUCAUAACCUGCAUCAGUCUGACCAAAAAAGCUGAGAAGAAGCCCACAAGACAACCACCUCCAUCCCAGCAGCCUCUGCAGAAGAAGAAUGUGGAUACAAUGGAAACAGAGGGUUCCUGUUCCUUUCAGGAGUACUGGAGUCCCGUGGCGUAUUCUCCAGCGUGGGACACGUCCACACACACCUGCCACAGGUCAACGGCUGAACAGGUCAUGUAUAACUUCAACUUCACCCUCCCCAGAGACACAGACUGGGAUAAAUACGAGGAGCUCUUUCACCGAUUGGACCCCUACAAAAGAGACCAGCAAGCCAGAUGGAUCACCCACUCCGUCAUGGACCUGGACAUGCCGGACCCCCUGCGAUCCACCAGUUUUGGGAUGUUUGACAGACAGCAGGCCACCCAGGUCAAGACAGAAGAUAAGGGAGAAAGUUUGCCUGUGGAAGCAGCUGAGGUGGAUCCCAGUAAAUCAGGAGGUCUCGGGAAGAAGAUGAAGAACAUCUCGCUGACCAUGCGUAAAAAAAUGGGCCGGAAAUACACUAAAGCCCUGUCAGAGGAAACGGGCGAGGAGAAUGAAGCUGUUGUGGACGGUACGAUGGCCAAAGGCUGCAACCACUCCAGUAACUCGGUGGAGAGUUUGUUCAGUUUGCACAGCGGCCAGAGCUCAUCUAGUGGUGUGACCAGCAGCUCUGAGGGUUAUAGUAACAGGGACAGCCUGCGUUUAGAAGAAGACGUGCCCUAUACAGGACAGUUUUGCGGGAGAGCCAAGGUCCACACCGACUUUGUUCCCAGUCCGUAUGACACAGAGUCUCUCAAACUCAAGGUGGGAGAUGUAAUUGAGAUCAUCAGUAAACCUGCAAUGGGAAUCUGGACUGGGAUGCUGAACGGUAAAGUGGGAAACUUUAAGUUCAUCUACGUUGACGCGUUGGUGGAGGAAAGCGUGCCGGAACCGAGGAUUCGCUCUCACCGGAGGAGCAGAAGACCUCGACCCAAAACCCUUCAGGAAUUUCUGGAAAGACUCAAUCUGGAGGAGCAUAUUUCAUCUCUGCUGUUGAACGGGUAUCAGACGGUGGACGAUCUUCGGGAUUUGAAGGAGCAGCAUCUCUUAGAGCUGAAUGUGACUGACCCUGAACACAGACACCUGCUGCUAGCAGCGGCAGAUAGCCUGCAGGACCCUGAAUAUAAUAAUCAGAGCUUGGGAGAGACAAAUGAGGAGCCCAAAUCUCCCUCUGAAGAAGUCAAAGUCGAACUGAAUGACUGUCCCAGAGACUCAGGCUGUUACAUCGGAUCGGACUGUUCAGACAACAGUAAAGAGGACACAGAGACCCAAUUGGCCCCUCUCAGCCCACCUGCAACAGAAGCAUAAACCACAGCCGUGUAUAAUGCUUUU